UGUUGCAGUUGUUAUUCUUGUUCUUCAUUUCUCUUCAACAAAUAAAUAUUGUUAUCUCAUUUCAUGGCUACUUCAAAAACAUUGGUAUCUCAAUCUCAGUACUCUUCGAACAAAACUCAUUCGAGCAAAACACUAAACAAAAUCGAUUCCUUUACUAGGAUCACUUAUGUUUCUCAUGAUCUUAUGAAAUCCCGUCAUGGUUUCCAUAAGUCGUCAUUCUCAUUGAAGCUGAAUCAUUUUGCUCUAUGGGAGAGUAAAAAUGAUAGUCAUGGGAGAAUAUUACAUGUGCCAUCAAUAUCCCGUGCUGUUGUUGCCUCCGCUAAUAUGAACAAAAGCGAUGAAUAUCAUAAGCAUAAAAACAUGACAUUCGUAGAGGAACUACGAUCUACGGCAAUGAAAUUACACGUAAAAGAUCCAUCCAGAAAAGGUGUCAAUAACGAAACAAUGGCUCAAAUUUUAAUGAAAGAGAAGCCUUCGUUACAUGGGUAUGUUAAUUUUCUUGUUGAUGGCAAAGUUGUCUACGAUGCACUUGAGAAAAUCGUCAGGGAUGCAGACUAUUCUUCUUAUGCAGAGCUGAGAAAUACAGGGUUAGAAAGGUCAAGAGCAUUAGCUAAAGAUUUGGAGUGGUUUACAGAAGAGAUGGGAAUUCAAAUUCCACCACCAACUACCGCUGGGAUUGCAUAUGCGUCCUAUCUAGAGGAAAUAGCAGUGAAGAAUCCUAAAGCAAUAUUUUGCCAUUUCUAUGAUAUUUACUUCGGGCUUGCAACCGGUGGACGUAUGCAUAUGGCAUCUGAGAAGAUACUUGAGAAAAAAGAGUUGGAAUUUUACAAGUGGAAUAGUGGGGUGCUUUCAGAACUACUACAGAAUGACAGAGAAAAGCUAAACAAAGUUGCUCAAAGCUGGAGCAGGGAAGAGAAAGAUCAGUGUUUGGAAGAAACUGAAAUAUCGUUUAAGUACUCCGAAGACAUCAUGAAACUUAUAAUAUGGAUCUAUGAAUCCAAAGUUAUUCGUAUGUUUUGCAAUACUAUAGAAUCUCGAUUAACUCUUCCCAAAUAAACAAACUUGUUGGAGAUUCUGCUCAUGUAAUUUUCGAUUAUGUGUUUAAGAAUAUCAACAAUGCCAAUUGUCUGUUGGAUAUUUUCAAUAA